AUGGUAGCAUCCACUGUCCUAAUGUUCGGUGCAGAGCGCAUAUUGCAUGGUUCAAAGAUUAUGUUUGGCUGGUUUAAUGUUCAUGUACAAAACAACGUGAUUUAUAGUCAAACAGAAUGUAUAACUAGCACAGCCAAAACUUACUGUAGCAAAUGUGAAAAGAUGAUCGGGUGGAUGAUUACUGGAGUCCCCCGAGAGAACGUGUAUAUUAAAGAAGGAAGAUUCUGUAUGAGAUUGGACAAGCUUACUUAUUCGAAUCAUCUACCGUUGGUUCGUUUAAUUCCUGAGAACCAAUUUUUCCAAGCUAAUGAGGAAAAUGCAGAUCAAGAUGGAGACUCAGAUGAAGAUUAUGAUGACGAUAUUCCUGAUUACAUGAUGCAUCUUAUCAGAAUGUUGGGUCAAGAUGAAGGCGGUAAUGAGCAAAAUGCUGAUCAACAUGGAGGCGGUAAUGAGAAGAAUGUUGGUCAAGAUGGGGGUGGUAAUGAGCAAAAUGUUGGUCAAGAUGGAGGCGGUAAUGAGCAAAAUGCUAAUGAACAUGGAAGCAGUAAUGAGCAAAAUGUUGGUCAAGAUGGAGGCGAUAAUGAGAAAAAUGCUGAUAAACAUGGAAGCAGUAAUGAGCUAAAUGUUGGUCAAGAUGGAGUCGGUAAUGAGAAAAAUGCUGAUGAACAUGGAGGCAGUAAUGAGCUAAAUGUUGGUCAAGAUGGAGGUGGUAAUGAGCAAAAUACUGAUCAACAUGGAGGCAGUAAUGAGCUAAAUGUUGGCGGUAAUGAGCAAAAUGCAGAUGAACAUGGAAGCAGUAAUGAGCAAAAUGUUGGUCAAGAUGGAGGCGGUAAUGAGCAAAAUGUUGGUCAAGAUGGAGGUGGUAAUGAGCAAAAUGUUGGUCAAAAUGGAGGCUCGCCAAUGAAACGACCAAAGAUAUAG